AACUCAUAUUUUGGGUUGGUCCUGAGUAGUUUGGGUUGUGGGCCUGGCAAAACGAACCAGGGGCUGAUUCGUUCCUCGUCUUCCACUUCUCCUCAUCGCAAUUUGGUUGUUGUCUCGUAAGAACUGAUGAUAAUAAUGGCUUCUUUCUAGGAUUAUACAGAGUCAAAUUUUUUUUUUGAUGAAUCAAAAGUGUUAUUAUUAUACAGAGUCAAAUUGAUUGACCGGAGUAAGAAAAAUGGCAAAUCAAGGUGCCAAGAAGCGUAAGGAGGAGAACGCCCGCCACAUGGCCAACCUCCGCCGGCUCAUCAUCGCCUGCAACGUUAUCUAUGUCGUGGUCAGGUUGCUGAUUUUCUAUUCUACAUUCACUUGGAAACAUUGGGUGGGUCUAAUUUUGACGUCCGCAGCAUAUAUGAUUCCCUAUCAACAACUUGCCCAGAUGGCAAAGCCUUCUUAUGCGGAUGAUGGGGAGCUUCUUGAUGGGGGAUUUGAUAUGAGUACUGGUGGAAUAUGUGGUUAUCUACACGAUAUAAUCUACAUUACAAGUUUUGUGCAACUAAUGUCCAUCAUCUCUGGAAAAUUUUGGUACAUCUAUCUUGUGGUAAGAUCUUUUUACUUGGUUAAUCCUACAGAACGCUGAUAAGAAAGCACAGAUACACUUUUUGGGAUGAAGAAGAGCAUUUUAUAGUUUGGUUGGGCAGUUACCUGAUGCACUUGUUAUCAGAUUUUCUUAGGUAAGUAAUAUGGAGGGUAGAGCAUUCAGAAGGGAAUCUGCUAAUAUGAUAUAACUGAUAUAAUAAUUAAGUUGAUAUACUAUGUCUCUUUCUGCCAGUUAGUAUCAUCUGAUUGUUCUUUGAGUUGAUAACUAGCCAAAUAAGCACUUCUUAAGGCCUUCUCUUUUGGAGUUAAGAUGAUCAGGUACAAUACUGGGAGGAGAUCUUCCUGUUUAGAUUAUCAAAAUGUUUCAUGAUUCUUUCCUUGGAAACCUGACUUUUCAGUUAGAAAACUUUAUGUGGAAUUUAUUCUGGAAACUUUUGAUUAUUUUCACUUAAAAUUAAGUAGAUUAUUGCGACAAGGCAUAAUGCAAAGGCUUUGUUGCUUUUCAGAUACCGGGAUUUGGAGCAUACAAAUCUUUUGGUUUUAUUAGAGGAUUCCUUUCACAUGGUUCAGAGGGUGAAGUGGAAGAUGAAAAGACUCGCAAGAAAAGGGAAAAGAUGGAGAAGAAAUCUGCACGGCCCAAGUUUGUCAAGACAAGGACUAGAUAAAUUUAGCUGGUUAAUUGACACUUGGUUGAAAUGAUAUCACAUGGAAGAUUGAAAAGGUCACAUUUAACAACUUUGAUGGGUAGGAGAAUCCAGUAUGGUGUAAAUUGCAGGAACUUUGCAAUGGUGGAUAAGCUAGAUAUUAUACUUUUUCCAUGCGUAGUGGAAGUGUAAAAGCUAGAAAUUUGACAUAACGUCUUUUCUACAUAUUGUUCUUUCAUGUAUUACUACUCCAGUUCAGUCUUCUUCAAGUUGGAUGUAAUACUUGGCUAUGUUGAACUUGAUUCACAUUCAGAUUCUGGAUUUUUGA